AUGUACCCUACCUUGUGUGCACUUAUUCGAGGAGUCCAUCAAAAGAAUAAGUCUACCUCUGGGUUUGAUAUUAUCAACAUGCUGAUGGGCUUUGACAAGGCGGAGCUUUGCAUGAAGAACUUGAUGGAGAGUUUGGAUUCACUGCUUUGUGCAGAAGGUUCUGAAAGUCUGAAGAGUUUAUGUCUGAAAUUACUACUUUGCUUAGUGACUGUGACAGACAACAUCAGCCAGAACACUAUCCUGGAGUAUGUAAUGAUCAACAGCAUAUUUGAAGCAAUUUUACAGAUACUCUCCCAUCCCCCAAGUCGUAGAGAGCAUGGGUAUGAUGCUGUUGUCCUCUUGGCUUUGCUGGUAAACUACAGAAAAUAUGAGUCUGUGAAUCCUUAUAUUGUGAAGCUGUCUAUUGUGGAUGACGAGGCCACACUCAAUGGAAUGGGGCUUGUAAUUGCUCAGGCUUUAUCUGAGUAUAAUAGACAGUAUAAAGACAAGGAAGAAGAACACCAGAGUGGCUUUUUCUCUGCUUUAACAAAUAUGGUGGGCAGCAUGUUCAUAGCAGAUGCCCAUGAGAAAAUCUCAGUACAAACCAAUGAGGCCAUUCUUCUGGCACUUUAUGAAGCUGUUCAUUUAAAUCGCAACUUCAUCACAGUAUUAGCUCAGAGUCAUCCAGAAAUGGGCUUGGUGACAACCCCUGUCAGUCCUGCCCCAACAACUCCAGUCACACCACUUGGGACCACGCCACCCUCCUCUGAUGUUAUAAGUUCUGUGGAACUCCCACUGGAUGCAGAUGUACAGACCAGUAAUCUGCUGAUAACCUUCCUAAAGUAUAGCUCAAUUGUCAUGCAGGACACCAAAGAUGAACACAGGCUUCACAGUGGCAAGCUCUGUCUGAUCAUCCUUACGUGUAUUGCAGAGGAUCAGUAUGCCAAUGCAUUUUUGCACGAUGACAAUAUGAAUUUUCGAGUGAAUUUACAUAGAAUGCCUAUGAGACACAGGAAGAAGGCAGCAGACAAGAACCUUCCCUGCCGUCCUUUAGUAUGCGCGGUACUAGACUUGAUGGUAGAGUUUAUUGUAACACACAUGAUGAAGGAGUUUCCUAUGGAUCUCUAUGUACGCUGUAUUCAGGUAGUACAUAAACUGCUUUGUUAUCAGAAGAAGUGUCGAGUUCGCCUUCAUUACACCUGGCGGGAACUCUGGUCAGCCUUGAUAAAUUUGCUGAAGUUCCUUAUGUCAAAUGAAACUGUACUUUUGGCCAAACACAACAUUUUUACAUUAGCCCUUAUGAUUGUGAACUUAUUUAAUAUGUUUAUCACAUAUGGCGACACAUUCCUACCAACCCCCAGCAGCUAUGAUGAACUUUACUAUGAGAUUAUCCGCAUGCAUCAGAGCUUUGACAACCUCUACUCCAUGGUCCUGAGGCUUUCUACUAAUGCAGGCCAAUGGAAGGAAGCAGCUAGCAAGGUGACCCAUGCAUUGGUUAAUAUCAGAGCCAUCAUCAACCACUUUAACCCCAAAAUUGAGUCCUAUGCUGCUGUGAAUCACAUAUCCCAACUGUCAGAGGAGCAGGUGCUAGAGGUAGUACGAGCCAACUAUGACACACUCACACUGAAGCUGCAGGAUGGCCUGGACCAGUAUGAGCGCUACUCAGAGCAGCAUAAGGAAGCUGCCUUCUUCAAAGAGCUGGUUCGAUCCAUUAGCACCAAUGUCCGGAGGAACCUGGCCUUCCACACACUCAGCCAGGAGGUCCUGCUAAAGGAGUUCUCCACUAUCUCCUGAGGCCUGACAGCCACUGACUGCCCUUACUCAUGAGGCUCCUGAGCUGGAGGGGUGCAAGGGGAGAGGGGGCUGCCUCCAAGACUGGAGAGAAACAGAUACUGAGUUCUCCUGGUGAAGGCCACACUUCAGUGAAGCUUGGACAGCAGGGGCAAGCCAGGGAUGAUCUUAUUUGGGGAGGAAUGGGUGGGCAAAAGGAGAGACAUCCAAGAACAUGGGGACUUCUAGGUGGGUCCCCUGGACACCCCCUCACAUUUCCAAUUAACUUUACAAGUUGUGACUUCUGGCUGAUUUUCAGAAGCUGGUGGGGCAAGCCUCAGGAGAGGCCAGGACCCUGAAGGCCAAUGGCUUUCCUUGGCUUCUGAAAAUAGAUCAACUUUCAGACAUACCAGGAGCCAUAUCCUGUUCCCUUUAAGCUUGGAGCUGAGCUGGGUUUGACAUCUGUGUCCCUACCCUGCUAGGACUCUGUCCAGUCAUUAGGACCCUCAGGUCAGGCUUAGGAUAGGAUAGGAUAGGAGUGGGGCACUUUUUUUUUUUUUUCCCCAAUUCAAAGUCGAUUCCUCUAAGAAACUGGAGGCUGGAAUCAGUGCUCACAUUGUCUGGCCACCACUUUCUGGAUUUUAGUUUUGGCACCAGAAAUACCUGUUAGCUUUCCCUUGCCUUCCAGCCCAUUGACUCAUCAGCAUAAAAGGCUUACAACCUUAGCUUUGCAUUUUUAGUUUGGUUUAAACUGUCUUUAGGGUGUGCACAAAAUAAACAUUGACAGGUUUUCUGGAGCCCUUAAAGUGCCUACUUUGCUGGUUCCCUUUCCAGCAGUUUUCCCAUCUUCUCAGCCACCCCCUCCCACUGGGGGCCUCUCCUGCCUCUGCUGAGCUCCCCUCCACAUGUUCCACCCCCUCACCCUGCUGUUGUUUACAUCCAGCCUGCUUAAGAAUUUCCUCUGGGGAGGAAUCUGUUCCUGCUAUGGUCUGGUGCCUGGGGGGGAGAGAACCUGCUGGGAGCAGGGUGUCCUCCAUCUGAAAAAGGCCAGGUGAGCAUUAUGUAUAGGGCCUUCAUCCUAUCUACCCAUAUUCUGGGUGGGACCAUGGGCAAAUCUCCUGAUCUUCGGGAAGUCAGUCUGUGGUUCCUCCUUUGUAUAGCCUCC